AUGGCAAAGCCAGAGUCGAAGUCAAUCCCAGUCAAUGGCGGGCAAAACCUCAUAGAGAAGCGCAUGACUAGCGAAGAAUGCAACACAGCUCCUGAUGCCAAAAGGAUUAAAACCAAGAGGUUCCAUGAUGGCUUGAUGGAAUCGAAUGUUAAAAAUUCGGUUAUAGCGCGAAUAGUCCCUUUCCCAGAAAAGCCUGCGGUCUUGGAAGAACGAAAUGGCGACAUCGAGUUCCGAGUUGUCAAUAACGAUGGCUCUGCAGAGAGUAUGAUUAUCCUGACAGGCCUUAAAUGCCUCUUUCAAAAGCAACUCCCGAAGAUGCCCAAAGAUUAUAUCGCACGUCUCGUCUACGAUCGAACUCACUUAUCUAUCGCCAUCAUCAAAAUGCCCCUGGAGGUCAUUGGCGGAAUAUCAUAUCGAGAAUUUCGAGCCCGCAAGUUUGCCGAAAUCGUGUUUUGCGCGGUCUCAUCUGAUCAGCAGGUGAAAGGAUACGGAGCACAUCUCAUGGCUCAUUUAAAGGAUUAUGUCAAGGCUUCUUCCCCAGUGAUGCAUUUCCUAACCUACGCCGACAACUAUGCCACCGGGUAUUUCCAAAAACAAGGGUUCACCAAAGAGAUUGCUCUCGACAAAUCCAUCUGGAUGGGUUGUAUCAAAGAUUACGAAGGAGGCACACUUAUGCAAUGCUCUAUGGUUCCCCGAAUCCGAUAUCUCGAAGUUGGCCGUAUGCUUCUCAAGCAGAAGGAGUCUGUUCGAGCCAAGAUCCGCACCCUGAGCAAAAGUCACGUCGUCCACCCGCCCCCUCAGCAAUGGGCCAACGGAAUCGUCACCCCAACCGAUCCACUCUCUAUCCCUGCUAUUCGGGCAACUGGCUGGUCUCCAGAGAUGGACGAACUAGCACGGGAACCACGCCAUGGACCUCAUUUCAAUGAACUUCGACGUUUUCUCAACGAGAUCCAAAACCAUAAACAAGCAUGGCCUUUUCUCAAACCGGUUAACAAAGACGAGGUUCCUGAUUACUACAAUACAAUUGCAUCGCCAAUGGAUUUGUCCACUAUAGAAGAAAGAUUGGAGCGUGAUUUUUAUGCUGCUCCAAAAGACCUUGUCAGUGAUCUCAAGUUGGUUUUUAAUAAUUGUCGGCAGUAUAAUGAUGCGACAACGGUUUACACCAAGUGUGCGGUGAAGCUUGAGAAAUGCAUGUGGAAGCUUAUAGAGGAGAUCCCGGAAUGGUUCAAGUUGCUUGAAGAAGAGUGA